AUGUAUUACACCAGCGGCACGACUGGUAAUCCGAAAGGCGUCAUGUUAACGCACGAGAUCGUCGGCGCGCACGCGAUCGCGGCGUGCGCGGAGAUGAAACUCCACGGUGACGAUGUCUGGGCGCACGUCGCGCCGAUGUUCCACCUCGUCGACGCGUUCGCGAUAUACUCGAUGACCCUCGUCGGGGGUAGGCACGUCAUCGUCCCGACGUUUGAAGCCGGCGCCGUCAUUCGCUUGAUCGAACGCGAGGGGAUCACCGUGACGAACGUCGGUUCUACGAUGAUCGCGAUCAUGUGUCAUAAUCCGUUACUGAAAACGCACGACCUGAGUACGUUACGCGUGGUGUCGUGCGGCGGGUGUCCGCUCGCGCCGGCGGCGGUGACGAGGGCGAUUGCAAUUUUCGGCUGCGAGUUUUUCAUCUCGUACGGGAUGACCGAGUGUUGCGGGAAAAUAUCCAUGUCGAUCUUGUCCGACAGUUUCCGACACGACAACGACGUGCAGACGCAGUUAAAGACGAUAUGCACGAGCGGCCGCCCGUUCGCGCUCAUGGACGUCAAAGUUCUGAACCCGAAGACGAGAUUCCCGGUGGUAAACGCCGGGGAAGAAAUCGGCGAAGUCUGGGUUCGCGGCUCGACGUCGUUCCAUGGAUACUGGAACCGCGACCGUCGCGAUGACGAUUCUUUCGAUGAACACGGGUGGUUCAACACCGGUGAUCUCGCGGUCGUUCGCGAGGACGGGUACAUCACGCUCGUGGACAGGGCGAAGGAUAUGAUCCUCUGCGGCGGCGAAAACGUGUACACCGCGGAGGUCGAGAGCGCGCUGCACGCGCACCCGUCCGUCGCGCAGGCGGCGGUCUUCGGCACGCCGCACCCGGUCAUGGGUGAAAUCGUCAACGCGGUCGUCACGCUGCGACCUGCGGCGCGGGAGCCCGGCGGCGACGGCGACGGCGACGGCGACGUGAACGAUGACGCGCGUCCGAGGGAUCCCAAAGGGGACAUUCUCGCGCACUGCCGCCGCACCCUCAGCGGGUAUAAAGUCCCCGCGAGCGUCAAGGUCGUCCACGAGCUCCCCACGAACGCGAGCGGUAAAAUUUUGAAGCGGAAGCUCCGAGAGCAGUGCAUCGGGGGCACGCUCGUGACGCGCACGGCCUCCGCGCCCGCGAGCGUCGGCGUCGACGGGACGACGACGAACGCGUCAUCAGCGACGCGGCGCGCGUUCACGCGGCAGUUUACCCGCGCGAUCGAGCCGGAGGUUUUCGAACCUGAGCCGCUGAUCAUCGAUCGCGCGCACGACGGCGCGUCGUCGUGGGCGUUAAUUCUGGACGACGACUCCGCGGAGGCUGAGGACCCCGCGUUCGCCGCGGAAGUCGUCGACGAAAUACUCGCGUCCAAUCCCGACGCUACUAGGACGCUCUUCCUGUGGUCGCCGUCGCCGUCGCGAUCGCUCCUUUCGAUGCUGACCGCGGCGGCGGCGGGAUCGGUUUCGAGGGACGUGCGCGUCGUGGUUUCGCUGAUCGACGCUCGCGAUGAAGCGCAGGUC